UAUUUUUGCGCUGCCGCCCGCGGAGUCAUAUAUUUCUCUGGCAAGUCGGUCAGUUGCGGGCUGUGCUCGUGAUCUACUGUUCGUAGCCACCAGCUGUGGCCCGGCAGACACGAACUUAUUCCCAGAAACAUCGUCGGCGCGGUCCUUCCCGCCUGCUAGCCAGCUGACCCCCUCCCCUCACUGCUGCGACUACUCGACCUCUGUUUUUUUUUCUUCUCUCUUUUUCUUUCUUUCUGCCCAUUGUGCUUUAUUGCCAUUAACGCUGCUUACCGACGACACCCUUGCGUUGUCGACGUGUCAACUUUUGCAAAGUUUUUUUCGGUCCGAGACGAGAUUCUCUGCUUGGCUGACGCGGGGCGCGCGUAAUUGCCUUCUGCUUGUCGUCUGGCAAAUGGCGAUGUAACAAGGGACUGCGCCUCGCGACAGGCUUGACUCUCGGUUGAAGGAACUCGGGAAGCCAGGACGCUUUUUCGGAGAUGCACUUCCCUAUGCGGUCAUGCUUAGCUUGGCUGACCAUCACGUGCGCUUGCGCCUGGUCACGUGGUUUCACAGAUGAGGACAUUGUGCCUAUUGAUUUUGACGAUCUAUCGGAUGAAAAGACUAUUCAGAUCCUGGCAGGUCACGGAAGCAGAGCCUCGCCAUUUGUUUCCAGAGGAAGGGCUUACUUGGACAAAUUCCAGAGAAUACUGACCGAUCAGGAAGUGCCGAGGAGAGUUGAAUCGCAGAUCAUGAGAGCUGAAGCCUGGAAGGGAAUUUCGAGCAUGGCUAAGCUCCGCAGGCUUCAUAUCGUCAGAAUGAAUUCGCGGAAUCGGUACCUUCGCUUUGGCGAGUCUAUCUGUAAGUUUAUCCGGAGGACGACUCCCCUUGUUGUGAAGAAGAUGGCGUUCCUAAAGGACGACGAUCGAAUCGUCACCGCCAACAAGAUCAUCAAUAUUGUUGGUUCCAUGCUGUAUCCGCAGACAACUUGUCCGCAUCCUUUCAAGCAUGGAAAUCGAAGGCAAAGCGGCCCCGAGGUGACCACGGAGUUCUUAUCGACGACAACCGAUGCUUACGCUAACCAAACUGCGACGACCACUGAAGAAGAUUUUCUCGAGGACGACCGAGCUGAAAUAUCCAUUUCCACUUUUAUUAAGGCCGCUCAAAAGCUAGAGUCAGUACAUUCCUCUCUGCACGACUACAUCGUCUACAAGUGCAACGUGGAGAACGACGUGAUGAAAGUUCUCGAAGGAUUCCUCAAGAUUAUUUACUUCGGCGACUAUCACAAGCUCCUGAACAUGAUCGAACAGUAUUUUGCACACUGACAAAACGCUCCUCUCUCGAACACCUGCAUCGGAAGAAUUCGACUAAACCGAAAAUGAAGUAAAGCUUUCUCAC